AUGAAGUCCGAGGGAGGGCGAAGGAAAAAGCUGCAACGAGCAGUGAGGACACUAUGGGAAAAAGAAGAUAUCAAGCGCCUUGAGAAAGAUUUGGAUGAUAUCCAGAGGUUGCUUCAAACUGCUGGCCUUGUUCACAAUGUAAACAAAAGUCGUCGAUGCGAGGCUCUCACCAAGGAACAAGCGGAGAAGUUACACAAGCUCUGCGACGAAUGUCACCUAUCAUUUGACGAUAUCCGACGUGAUGUCGCCGAGCUUAAGGGGCUUGUCAACGACGAAGGCAGCGUAACGCGUAAAGUGAUUAGCGAGCAAGCAACGUCGGCAGAAAGGCGCGUUACUUACGAACGGCUUCUUGACAGCCUGGCUUUCGAAGCCAUGAAUUCGCGAAGCAGUUCGCGAAGUCUCAAAAUUGAAGAAGGCACAUUUGAGCACCUGCUCGUCGAGAAGGUUACCGGCGACUGGGAUUGCUUCAUCGUCUGGCUACGGACUGGGAACGGUCUAUACUGGGUUAACGGCAAGCCUGGUAGUGGCAAGAGCACAUUGAUGAAAUUCCUCAUCGAACAUGAUGCGACAAUGAGAGAGCUGCUUCGUUGGACAAAGGGCAAAGAACGAUUUGGAGAAGGACCAAAGGGAUACUUACUCACAAUCUUGCAUCAAGCAUGGAUGGAAGAUGAGGACGUUGUGACCGCUCUCAUCCAACACCACCCACAGUGGAAGAAAAAACGGUCCCAGAGCGACUGGUCCCCGAAGCAAUUGGAGGAAGCAUUGAAGACAACCUUCCAGGCUACUGGAUACAGCUAUUGUAUCUUUGUCGAUGGGAUUGAUGAAUGUGGCAAUCAAGGUACCGGGAGUCAAGAUGAGGUUCUUGAUCAUAUUGACACGCUCGGGCAAAAGUCGAAUAUCAAGUUCUGCGUAUCCAGCCGGCCAGAGACCAUCUUCAGACAAAGGCUCAAUCAAUAUCCUAAGCUCAGACUGCAGGAUUUGAACAGAAUUGACAUCGAGCUAUUCGUGGAAAAGACCUUCGAGCGAAGACUGGGUGCUGGAAUCCCGAUGGCGGUUGACGAUUACGAGUUGUCGCGACUGCGUCGAGAUCUUAGCAACUGGUCGGAAGGUAUAUUUCUGUGGGUGAGAUUGGCUGUCAAGACUGCGCUUGACGGUAUCCGCAACAACGACAACUUGGAGGAGUUAAAAGCCCGUUUGCAACAAGUGGCUGGAAAUCUCGAGGCACUUUACCAAAACAUGUGGGAUCGACUCAAUGAAGGGAAGAAACUAUACAGAACGGAGGCUUCUCUGAUCUUGAACCAUGUGCUCGCCUGUUUGGGAUUAUACGAUUUUGGAUCAACUGGAGCUGGAAAAUGUUCGGUUCUCGACGUCUUGUUGCUACUGGAUCGAGGUGUGAGACAAACGCAUCUUGAGUUGGGCACCCUACCGUCACAUAUCGAAUUAAGGCAAAAGUGUGAAUCGGUUGAACACAGAGUCCUCACGCCAACCGAUGUAUCAGAAAUGCGAACGACAAGGACUUCGGGACAACCGCACAUGCUCAAAAAAUAUUAUUACAACAAGAUCAGACUCAUACAUCGAACUGCUCGAGACUUUCUUCUCGACACUCAAGCCAGCCGAGAACUCCUAUCACACCACCCAUGGACCCGUGCUGAAGCUCUUGCCGUAUACCUCCAAACCGAACUCGUUGCUCUUCGUACUGGGAUUAUCACAGCGAAUUUGAUGAAGGUAGUAAGGUUUCUCCAAAUUAUGCGACUGGCAGAGCUUGGUGUCAACAGCGUGCCCUUGCUAAAUGGCCUGGACCUGGCAUGUACUCUGGACGCUCCUGGAAGUGGUUCUGCCAAAAAUGCUAAACAUUGGGUACUUCGUUUGGAGGCAGGGGAUCGUCCGACACUGGGUCAUUCGCUUGAUUUUGUCGGCCUCGUGGUCGAACAUGGUCAUCUCGAAUACCUGGAUCACAUUUCAGGCGGUGAUUUUCGCCAGUUUGGGGCCGAUUAUCUCGAUUACCUGAUGCUCUUGGUGUCUAACAAUCGACGUUACGAUCCUUCUGCCCCUCGUGAUGCUGAUGUACAACUGCCACAACCGAGGAAAACCCUUGAGCAUUUCAUUGAGCUCGGUGGCUCCUCGAGUCACAUAUACUGGCCAGGUCGGGGUCCGGUCGCAAUCUUAACCACUCCGUGGAUUGCUUUUAUGUUGAACACCCUUCGAUGUACAACAUAUCCUAAAAACGCUUACUGGUCGUGGUCUGACUACGCAGCGCCACGCUUUCUAGAGUCUCAUGCUGACAUAUCCACCAAUUUCAUUAUUCAGAAUGUCUGGAGGAUGUUCAAUAAUGUGCCAAUGCAUGACUUCGUCAUGAGCGACCGACCCCGACACUAUUCGCCAGCAGAUAUUAGCCUCUCGGGGUACUUCAAAGAACAUUUACAUGAUUCUGCCACGCCUUCAAUGGCGCAGCAGCACCCUUUUCGAGAACUCUCCAUGGACGAAUUUGAAGAUCGUUUGAGGAUAGCCAGAUACAUCCCCCAAUAUCAACUCGAUCGUACUGUCCACGAAUACGUCGUGUGGUUCGAGGUGAACGGAGUGUUUGUGGUACACUAUAUUCAGCGAAAACUUGGGCGCAAAUGGCGCGAUUUGGGAUCGCUAGAUUCAUCAAGUAUAGGUUCACCUCAUCAAGAACCUCUUUGCGUAUGUCUCCCAAGCAUAGACGUCGCUGCACUUCCCAGCCCUGACGACUCCAUGGCACUCGUCGAAGCUUAUGAAGCAAUGGAAGAAUCUGUUUUGCGAAGUGACCCGUUCGAGCGAGAAUGUCACCAGAAAGUGAAAGAAAUAUUCGGUCGCAGCAGAAAAGUGGACAUGUGCCGCUAUCUCCUUGCCAAAGGCUACAUCAAGCAUCCCGGUGAUCCGGAGGUUCUUCGAGAAGCACCACCGAUGUUUCGGGAGGACGACAGGAACGGUUCUGAGGAAGACGCUGAGCCGGCCAUCCCGGACGCAGGAAGUCCUGGGAUGGAGGAUAAAGACAGCUUGGACGGAGACCUUGAUGUGUCUAAUGACUCUGAUCCCGAAAUCAAGCCAUUCGAGAAGCGAAUGACAGAUCUCUCUAUCUACUACGACGCCAACGAGACUUUUUCAGACCACGAUGUGUGA